CUCUCGCUGCCGCCCAGAUGCUCUUCGACACGCCAACCGACCCCGAAGUCUUCCGUGAGGUUUUCUUCAUCUGCACCUGUGGCUUCUCGUGGUUUGUGAAGAUGGUGUCGUUUUUGGUGCAAUGGAGGCGACUGCAGCGAAUGGUGAUGAGUCUGCUGGAUGCGAAGAUACGGUUUCCCGACAAUGGAACAGGCGUCCGGGAGAGAUACACCAGGACCGCCUACAGCGUCUGGAGGUGGUGGCAGGCACUGCCAGCGGUGACGGUGGUGCUGUGGAUGGGAGACCCACUCAUCCAGACCCUCAUGUCGCCACCAGCCGAGAACGGCACCAGGCCACUCAUCUUCUGGAUUCCCGUAGAAGUGCAACAUUCGCCUGCCUACGAAAUAACCUACGCCAUCGAGGCGUUCUGCGUAGGAUCUGCUUCGGAGACGAGCAUCCUGCUAGACAUAUUUCUGAUAAUUCUCUUAGUCUAUGCAGCAGGUGAAAUAGCUGUUCUGAAUGAGAAUAUCGCUGGAAUGAGGCUUUCGAAUACUCGUGAGCGAGAAAAAAUAGAGCCAGACAAGGGGGUACAAGCUCUAGAAAGGAGUUUUGAUGAAGUGAGCAUAUCACAAACAGCCUACGUGUUCAGCGAGGACAGUUCAGACAGUAAGCGCAAUCUUUUCGUUCUGGAUAGAAAUGACACGUACUGGAAACUACACAGCAGUUUAGUGAAGAACAUACGACAUCAUGAAGUUAUUCUAACGUACAUCAACGAUCUGGAAAUCGUGCUGAGCACAUCUAUCUAUGUCCUGUUGCUUACGAAUGCACUAAAUAUUUGUUUGCAUUCUUUUGGAAUUGUAGCGGUGAUGCAGGAGGGAGCAACAAGCUCGACCGUAUUUAAGGAAGUGAUCUCGUUUGCAUCAUUCCUGGCUCAGACAGGCUUAUUCUGCUUCUUCGGACAGCUAAUAAUCGAUCAGGCAGACCGGCUGCAGUUCUCUGCGUUCAGCUGUGACUGGCCACAGGCAGACGAGUCUUUCUGCAGAUCGCUACGCAUCUUCAUGCUGCAGGCGGCGUGCCCGCUCAGCGUGAGGGUCGGAAAACUCGUCGAGCUGUCCAGGAACUCAUUCCUGCAGGCGAUGAAUGCUUCAUACACAAUAUUCAACAUGCUCUUUAAUCUACAGACAGCAGAUUAACACAAGAAAAGUUCACGCAACUGCUGUAUCUGGAGCUUUGGCUGGUCACAGACCCUGCUAGAACGGAAAGAUUUCAUCUGCUACAAAAUAAACUUUCGUAUUAGGAAAAACUAUUUAUUUGCAUUAAUGCUCAAGAUUAGUAUCCUCUUGCUUCUGUUGAAAAAGUAUGGUAUUCACAACAUAUUCUCACAGGCAAAUAAUCAGUCACACACCAUUUGACGGGCCAUAUUCUACGGUGUUAUAAGAUUCACGAGGUGUUCCAAGUUGUAACGUUUACUCUUAUCGGUCCAAUGUUGGCCACUAAAUUAUGUUGUGACGCUCCUGCCCCAGCAGCCGUUUUAAUGGCUGCUAACUGCUGAAAGUAAAGCAACAAAAAUCUAAUUUGUAGAGUUCGAAACAGACUGCAAUGAUAAUUUUUAAAGUGCAAUUAUUGAAACGAAACAACGGAUUAUUAAUUUACAUUUACAAGCAAACAUUUUAUCACAGGAGAAUAAACAGUCACCCAUCGUUUGAUAGCGUAAUUGUUCGGUGUUAGAAGACUCCUUAGGUGUUCCAAGUCGUAAUGGUUACUCUUAUCGGUCCCAUGAUGGGCACCAAAUUAUGUUAUGACGCUCUUGUCCUAUCAGCCGUUUUAAUGGCUGCUGCCUGCUGAAAGUAAACCAACAAAAAUCUAAUUUUUAGACUUGGAAACAGAUUGCAAUGGUAAUAUGGAAGCACAAUUAUUGAAACGAAACAAUGGAUUAUUAAUUUAUAUUUAUGAUCAAAUAAAUUAAGUAGUGGCUCAUAAUAUCAUACAGCCGAUAGCCUGUGAAGACGCCAUACUAAUAAACCAAAACAUUAUGAUCACUAACAACUGCAAGAUGAGUGCUGUCUGGUAACGUUAUGGCGGUAAAUAAAGAAUACGAGCAGAGCAAAGCCGAGCAGACAGUAAAUCUGGGGGUGAUCCGGGCAUCAAAUGGGGAAAUCCACUAAUUAACUUUGAACACAGAAUGGACUAUAGGAUACAGGCUAUCACGCUCGAUGUUUGCUUUCGUUAAAACUGGCUCUAAUGACCUCUUCCUUCCUUCAUUCCCUCCCUCCUUCCCUCCUUCCUUCCUUUCUUCCUUCAGUUGAAACUUCUGAGCUGAGAGACCAUGGUAGAUGCAUAAAACAGCUCAAUGAUGUUUGGUCUGCGACCAUAGGAGACAGCUGCUGUCUUAUAUCCCAAAAUGUCUCACGCAGUUAGAUACGAAAUGUCAACGAAUAGUGUUGUGCUGCCUUUAACAUUUUUCGGUGAGCAUGUAAGCGCAGCAUACCAUACAGUAUACACAUACCAUAUCCAUGUCACAAGAAACGCCUCUUCCUCUGUCCUAUGCCAUGCCUCUUUCCUAGAAAAUAGAUAAGAACUUUUAACGAUCUUAAGGCACGCUCCUUGGCCAGUUAGAGAGCUUUUAGGAAAGCAUACCUAUAUUCAGAUUUUCCAGUCACGGCCCAGUGCUGUAGCAACUAAUAAGAUUUUUUCUGCUUCUUCUUAUGUCACGACCUUUGGAUAAUCAUAGUUUCUAAGACAACAGACAUAUUUAGUUCAUCCAAUCAAUACCGAGUAUUUUACCAUUUUUCAACUCCAUACUAAGCCAUGCUAGGUAGACAGUAAGAGAAUUUUUAAGACAAAGAAAUCAUCUUUUCCUCUUCUCCAGUCACAGCCCAGUGUUUUACGAACCGUUAAAAUGAAACAAUCAAUCAUAGCCUGGCUUUUUUCCAGCCAUUAGAACAAAACAGGCAAUCCCCAUCCUGUCCUCUGUACUUCCCAUUUGUCAGUGAGCAAAGUACGAUCACCGUACUACACUUCCUGCAACGUACAUUUAACUAUUUGCAUAUUUAAAUUGCCUGUAUUAUUUAUCAAAAUACACACAGAAUUACUUCUAUGACACUAAAAGACACACGCAUGCCCCGAGUGGCAUGGGUUAAACUACACUUGUCUGUGAGUGAAGAUAGAUAAUAGUACUGCAAUUGGUUCAGUCCACAAUGGACUUCCAAAUUAAGUAUAAAAAUUUUAUUUUUAUGUUUAUACUAUUCUAUGACAGUACACAUGCACCUGGCUCUCUAAUUGGCACUGCUGCUGCACACUUGCUUUCACAAUGUUAUUCUUACAUCUAGAAGGUUCAUCAAAACUACGUUAAAGGAGGAACUUAGAGUAUCUCCACACCUAUUUUAAUUACUGAAAAAUGCAUUGACAAUACUGGUAUAAUGUACAAC